GACAUGGUGUGUGCUACAAUGACCACAUCCCACACUCGGACAUAGACUGCACCAGCUUCUUCUUCUUCUUCUUCAACCUCUUUCCCUCUCUUCUCUUCUAUGGAAGCUCUUUCAUUCCCCGCUAAAUCACGCUUCCUCUCAUCAACCUCCCCUCAAUUCACUAAAUACAAGCUCAAAUUCAACCAUAAUUUUUCCUUUCCCCUAAAACCAAAACCAAAACCAAAACCUAAACCAAACCCCCCAAUUACUCUCCGCAACAUCUCCUAUUUCUCCUUCACCAAAUGCUCCGCUCACUCUCACUCUCACUCUCACUCUCACUCCCACUCCCACUCCCACUCCCACAGCCGCAAUCACAGCCAUGAAGAUGAUCGUGACCACAAUCACCGCGAUUCUCACAACCACAAUCACAAUCACAAUCACAAUCAUCACUGUCACGGUCACGGUAAUUGCGAUUCUACUCUGACCAAACCUCAGCAAACAUUCCUCCACUACGCGGAGGCUGUCAAGUGGAUCGAUCUAGCUAACUUCCUCAGGGAACAUUUGGAGCUCUGCUGCUUCGCAACGGCGCUUUUCCUAGCCGCCGGCGCGUGCCCUCACAUGCUACCUAAGCCCGCCGCCGUGACUCUUCAGCACGCCUUCACUGCCGUCGCCUUCCCUCUCGUUGGGGUAUCCGCGUCGUUGGAUGCGGCUCUGGACAUCGUGGGAGGGAAAAUCAAUAUUCACGUGCUCAUGGCUUUGGCCGCAUUUGCUUCGGUUUUUAUGGGGAAUGCGUUGGAGGGUGGAUUGCUUUUAGCUAUGUUCAAUUUGGCUCAUAUUGCGGAGGAUUACUUUACUAGAAGGUCUAUGAUUGAUGUCAAGGAAUUGAAAGAGAAUCAUCCCGAUUUCGCGCUUGAGCUCGAUGUGGAGAACGGGAACAGUCCAUCUUUUUCUGAUUUGAAGUACCACAAAGUUCCUGUUAAUGAUUUGGAAGUUGGAUCAUACAUAUUGGUCAAAGCUGGUGAGUCAGUUCCAGUGGACUGUGAAGUUUUCCAAGGUAGUUCAACUAUUACGGUAGAGCACUUGACCGGGGAAGUCAAACCUGUAGAGAGAAAAGUUGGGGACAGCAUUCCUGGUGGGGCACGGAACCUUGAUGGUAUGAUGAUUGUUAAGGUGAAAAAGUCAUGGAAAGAGUCAACACUGAAUAGAAUAGUACAAUUGACUGAAGAAGCUCAGCAGAGUAAGCCAAAGCUUCAAAGGUGGCUUGAUAAGUUUGGCGAACAGUAUAGCCGAGCAGUUAUAAUUUUAUCUGCGGCUAUUGCAUUGAUUGGCCCAAUCCUAUUUAAGUGGCCAUUUUUCAGUACAGCAGUAUGCAGAGGAUCAGUUUACCGUGCAUUGGGGCUCAUGGUAGCUGCAUCACCCUGUGCAUUGGCUGUAGCACCAUUAGUCUAUGCAACUGCAAUUAGUGCUUGUGCAAGAAAGGGAAUCUUAUUGAAAGGUGGUCAUGUUCUGGAUGCACUAUCGUCAUGCCGAAAUAUUGCAUUUGAUAAAACUGGUACUUUGACUACUGGUGAAUUCAUGUGCAAAGCGAUAGAACCAAUACAUGGACAUGUUAGCAACAACAAGAAACAAAAUUAUAUGUGUUGUGUACCCAGCUGUGAGAAAGAAGCUCUAGCAGUCGCUGCUGCAAUGGAGAAGGGAACUACUCAUCCUAUUGGAAGAGCUGUUGUGGAUCAUAGCAUUGGGAAGGAUCUCCCUCCAGUGUCUGUAGAAAGAUUUGAGAAUUUACCAGGAAGAGGUCUUUUUGCAACAAUUUCUAGUGCUGAGCCAGGGUUUGAAGGUGGUAAACCAUUGAAAGCUUCAAUAGGCUCUGUUGAGUACAUUACUUCUCUGUUUACAUCAGAUGCUGAAUCAAGAAAAGUUAAGGAGGCAGUUAACACUUCUUCUUAUGGAGGUGACUUUGUUCGUGCUGCUCUUUCGGUGAAUAACAAGGUGACCCUAUUUCAUUUUGAAGAUAAACCUCGAGCUGAUUCUCUUGAUGUCAUAAACACAUUGCAAAAUGAAGGAAAUCUCCGUGUUAUGAUGUUAACUGGUGACCAUGAGCUGAGUGCACGGAGGGUGGCAGAUGCUGUGGGCAUUAAAGAAUUUCACUGUAGCCUGAAGCCGGAGGACAAGCUCUAUCAUGUGACAAAAAUUCCUAGAGAUACGGGUGGGGGCCUUAUUAUGGUAGGUGAUGGUAUUAAUGACGCACCGGCCUUGGCAGCUGCCACUGUGGGCAUUGUCCUAGCAGAGCGUGCAAGUGCAACUGCAAUAGCUGUUGCCGAUGUGCUUUUGCUACAAGAUAAUAUUUCUGGGGUUCCAUUCACCGUAGCUAAAUCCAGACAAACUACUUCUUUGGUUAAACAGAAUGUUGCCCUUGCGUUGUCUAGCAUCUUUUUGGCUUCUCUUACAUCAGUUCUAGGUUUUAUACCACUUUGGCUAACAGUCCUCCUCCAUGAAGGUGGGACUCUUCUGGUGUGCCUCAAUUCCAUCCGAGCCCUGAAUGCCCCAACGUGGUCGUGGAAGCAUGAUCUUCUCCAACUUAUUCAUAAAUUUAAAUCGCUCCUUCUACGCUUCAACUUUGAUCAUGGAACCAUCCAGCCAAAACUCUUGUAGAUGCACCAUUGGUUUGUUUCAUUGUUAUUUUAAUCUCAACCGGUUUUAGGGUUCGAUUAAAUUGGUUUUCUCAAGCUGUCAAUAUAUUAUAGGCUUGAACUUUAA